AUGCCAGAGCUCGAGAAACAUGUGUAUAAGAGCUCCUUAGAGGCUGGACUGAACGUGAAGGCCGUGGAGGUUGUCGCGGACCCAUCAGCUCGAAUGCGAAAAGCAUUGAAUCACCACAGCCCGAGCACGGCAAUCUCGCCGUGUCUGCCAGACACCUACAGCUGGGCGCUCGCGCUAUACUCCCGGUAUGGUUUCAGAACUGUCGAGCCGGGAGAUCUAGAAGGUGUUGGCAACUUCGGUCAGAGGCGUCGUAGCCCCUCGUACGAGGACGGCCGGGGCCAUCUUGAGAUAGACCUCCAUAAGGCUAUUCACAUUGCGGGUUACGACGUUUAUAUGAUCGAUUACGUCUACAUGCCGUAUGACGUACGCCAGAAGGAGUCCAGUACAUACGUCUUCGUCAACGUGAAGGAAGCGGUGAUGAUCGAACCCCUCUACGGCAUAUUCGAAGGUAGAUGGUGGUCGCGAAGCACUGCCAAGGAGCAGCGUCCAGCGAGGAUAUCAUACGCGAGGUGUCACGGACUCUCAGCUAUACUCAACAGCCUUUCUCGAGGGGCAGCCCAGCAGCUUCCGGCAUGCUACCGUCCCUUGGUCGCUGUGACUCUGCCACAAUCAUCACCACAGCUCGAGGACACAGGCUCACUACCACUUAUGGCUGGCGAUGAUGGCGCAGCCCCGCCGAGCUGUCCAAUUGUGGAGCGCUCGAAGUCGGUACGAGAGCCCCCCCCGGCCCUGCAGUUGAAGCCGACCCCUGACUCGACAGAGAUCGUUCCUCAAUCACCGACGGCCUUCCUCCCGAAGCACGAUGGGAUCUUCCCAACGCCUAAGGUGCUCCUCGAACCGGGAAGUAUCCUCGUGGCUCCCUCAAGUGAUGAAGAUGUGGUAUCUCACGAUAGUACGGACAGGAGUGGCAGUCAGGAGGAUGAGGAGGCCUGCCGAGCUGAUGGACAGGCGAGCACACACGCUGAGGAGCAGUGCCUGUCGACGGCUAUGAUGAUGGUUGACCAUUGCCUCGGGGUGGAGUGA